AUGGCAACAAAACAUACUGAAGCAGGAUUAAAGCUAAGAGGAAUAGGCAAUUCACAUUUAGAUAUUAAAGAGAAACUGAAACAAAGAUGCUACGAGAAGCUAAAGGAAACAAGGAAGAAUAUGAUUAAUGAAGAAAGAAUGAAGUGUAGUAAUAAUAGUUAUAGUAAUAGUAAUGUCAGUAGUGGUACAGUUUCUUUAAAUAAUAAUAAUAAUAGUAAUAAUAGUAGUAACAAUAAACAAUCUCCACCAACAUCUCCACUGAAAGCAAAAAUAGAUGUACGUUCAACUAUUUUAAAGGAAUAUGAAAUGAUGAAAUUGGAGUUUGACCAACCAAUGACAUCAUCAACAACAACCACUACAACUACAACUACUUCUUCUUCAAACACAACAACACCAUCAACAAAUGCAACUACUAGUAAAACAUCAACAAUAUCAACACCAAUCAAACCAAUACCAUUAUUAACCAGAUCGAAAUCACCUGCUAAACUGUUACCUUUAUUUAAAAUGACUAAACUGGAAGAGGAUCUAAUGUUAAAAGAAGUUGAAGAAUAUUUAGAAUCUAUAGAAUUACAAAUGAUAAAGGAAUAUGAAGAUAUGCUAAAAUUAGAACAAGAUGAAUUACAAUAUUACUCAACAAUUGCCAAUCAAGAUCAUGAUGAUUUCGAUCUUCAAUUUUAA